CAAUUCUCCCUCCAAGGUUCAAUGUCAACUGCCUCCUCCCUCCCCACAUUACUUCACACAGGGAUGGGGGCUCUUUUCUUUCUCUUGCACUUUCUGUUCAUGGACUUUGGUCCCAAAGAUGCUUGGGAAGUGCUUAGGAAGUACCAACAUAUUUCCAUGUCCAACUAGAAGCCCCCCAACUCUGGUAACUCAGCCCCUUUGAGGCACUUAGGGAGGGAAGGUCUGUUGCUCAGGGAUGGAGAGAUGGCAGGCAUUCCACUUCAGGGGUUUGGUUCUUGCAUCCUGGGACCUUCCCAGAAAGUUGUUAUGGGGCAGCAUCAUUGGAAGCCAUGGGAGCCCUACAGUGGUGUCGCUUGGGGUUACAUCUUGUCCCUUGUGCUGUUUAGCAUCCUUACGAAGCCACUGACAGCUUUCCUCAGGGGUUUUGGACUGAGGUCUCCCCAAUCUGUGGUGGACACCCAGCUUUAUCCCAAUAUUCCUUCUCAGUCAGGGCAGGAAGUUGAAAUGCUUGGAGGUGGGUGAUGGACUGGAUGUGAGUCACGAGUUAAAGUUGAAUUCUGAAAAUGACCUGUUGGGAAAUAAACUUUCACUUUCUUCAUGUUAUUGAGAUCUCCUGCAAUAAUUUGGGAGACGGUGCCACAAUCGGGCCAUUCAUUGUUUUUCUUUUCACCAGGUAUGAGAAACGAGAGAGUCCAGAGAACCCACUUGCUUUCCUUCCAGAGCUGAGGAACAGGAUCUUGGAAUCCUGUGAUCUAAAUCACCUUGUGGAAGAUGCAAUGAAACAAUUGAAGGAUGCUGUGUUAUACAGAAAACAGAUUCAAAAGGAUGUUCAGUCAUUCAGAAAUCUUCAGAGAGCAAAUGUGACUCUGGAUCCAGACACAGCCCAUCCUAGGCUCAUCCUGUCCAAGGAUCAGAAAAGUGUCAGAUUGGGAGAUGAAAGGCAAGUCCUGCCCAACAAUCCUGAGAGAUUCAGUGACCGGCCUUCUGUGUUGGGACGUGAGGGAUUCACAGCAGGCAGACAUUUCUGGGAAGUCAAUGUGGGAAGUGGGGAAUGGUGGGAUGUGGGGGUUGCCAGGAAGUCUGUGGAGAGAAAGGGCUUCUUCAACUUAAGGACUGAGGGAGGGGUCUGGGCAGUGGGGAAGUGGCUUGGUGAGUACUUUGCCUGCACCUCCCCUUCUUCUUCUCCUCUGUCCCUGAAUGAGAAGCCCAGGAGGAUCCGGGUGACUCUGGACUAUGAAGGGGGACGUGUGUCUUUUUCUGACGCUGACUCAGGAGCCGAACUCUACACGUUCUCAGAAGCCUCGUUCUCUCGAGAGACCCUCUUCCCUUUCUUUUAUCUGGAUGACUUUCAAACCCACCUCAGUAUCACCUGAGGAGACUAAAUCUGCCUCUCAGGCCCAGCAGGAGUUUCUCUGCAGACCAGAGUGACUUGUAUAAAAAACAUUUACACGCCAAGAGCACGUUGGGCAGUUUUUCAAGGACCCUUUGAGAGGAUUCAUUCCAGUCAUAAUCAGCAGAAAUAACAAAACAAAACUGGAU